GAAAUCUUCGAGUUUCUUUCGUCCGAUAAGCAAGCGAAAUAUUUGAAUCCCGCACUUCCGCUGGUACGCAGAAAGAAUAAGCAAAUAGAAGGUUAGAAACAUCUCUGUAUCCUCCUCAUUCCUCAAUCGUCUUGGAGAAAUCAUGUUUCUGGAUAGUUUUCUGAGGUUUUGGUCCUUCGAUCAUGCUGCAACGAUGGCGAAGAAGCCGAGGAGUUCUCGGAUACCGAACAGGAGAUCGUCAUCUUUCACUCUUGUUUCAGCUGUGCUCAUAAUGUUUUCCUUCGUUCUUGUCAUGCUCUUCGUUCUCGGAUUCUUUUCACCUCCGGUCGACACAGAUGAUCCCCCGAAAUCAAGAGAUAUGCGUUCGUUCAUCCACGAGACCGUGGAGAGAAAUGAUGCCGCCGUGGGACUGGGAGAGAGAAGGGAGCAGUGGACGGAAGUAAUCUCGUGGGAGCCCAGAGCAACCCUUUAUCAUAAUUUCCUGUCUAAAGAGGAAUGCGAAUUCUUGAUCAGUCUUGCGACGCCUCAUUUGGCCAAGUCAUCAGUUGUUAACAGCAAAACCGGCAAGAGUAUUGAUAGCGGGGUACGCACGAGCUUUGGGAUGUUUCUCAAGAGAGGACAAGAUAGAAUCAUCAGGACCAUAGAGAAGAGGAUUGCAGAUUUCACCUUCAUACCUGUAGAGAAUGGAGAAGGACUUCAAAUUCUCCGCUAUGAACUUGGGCAGAUGUAUGAGCCUCACUAUGACUACUUCGUUGAUGAAUUCAACACUAAGAAUGGGGGAAAUCGGAUGGCUACCGUAUUAAUGUACCUCUCUGACGUUGAAGAAGGAGGAGAGACAGUAUUUCCCAAUGCCAAGGGAAAUAUUAGUUCUGUGCCCUGGUGGAAUGAGUUGUCUGAAUGUGGAAAGAGGGGCCUCUCUGUUAAGCCCAAGAUGGGUGAUGCCAUUCUUUUCUGGAGCAUGAGGCCUGAUGCCACUCUGGAUCCAUCAAGUUUGCAUGGUGCUUGCCCUGUUAUCAAGGGAACCAAGUGGUCAUGUGCAAAGUGGAUGCAUGUCAAUGAAUAUAAGAUAUAAUCCAGAUUGAGUUUUCUCAGCCACGACUCCACUCUUCUUGGGCCCAGAAUUCUAUCAACCUUUUAUUAUAAGUUUAUAACCCACAUUUCUUCACCACUGUGAUUUUUUUUCCAGUCUCCUACGGCAUCUCCACUAACGAAGGCAUGAUUCCUUCCGCUAGAAGAAGAAUAACAAACACUGGCUUGUUUUCCGGAAGAAGUUAAUCUUCAUUAGAUUAUGAAUUUUCAGCAUAUCACGAAGAUGGGUAGUUCAUAAUCUGUAGAAUGUAGAUGGACGGUUGGACAUCUAAGUGUAACACCAAAAGAAUAUCGAGAUGUAUAUGAAUGAAAUUGAUUAUUUCAUUUAGUUUCAUUCA